UUUUCCGUCGGUUUUGAUUGGUCACGCGAAGUCUGACGGACGAGUAUAUGAACCAAUGGCUUUGCGUAUAGCUCAUGAUUGGUGUUCUGAGAAUUUUAAACUACUUAAACGGUUUUGAGCGGGUGGCUGGAGAACAGUCCGUACAUUAGUGGGAUUGCUGUUGUUUUUGUGUCUCAGUCGGAGUUGAAUGUUUAUAAUAAAAAGGACACACGAGGCCAGAAGACGUCAAGUGAACUCUUAGGCCUUGUUUUUAACAAAAGGGACGCAGCCAUGAGUUCCCUGCCCGAGGCCACUCGCUCCCUUGUGCAGGUGUUCAAUGGGAAGCUGCAGGAGUUCACCAAUGAGAUUGAGAGCAUUCACAUGGUAUGGCUGGAGGAGAUUCAGCAGGAGGCUAAGCGCAUGUUCUCCAGUGACUUUAGCACAGAGCCAGAGCUUAUGCCAAAGACUCCAUCACAAAAAAAGACAAAUCGACGGAAACGGGUGUCCACAGAGCUCGGCGAAUCUCGUAGCAAAAGACGUUUCUCUAAAGGGAAGCGCAGUAACCUGCGUCGUUCCUCAGUCCAGCUCACUCUCAAUUCGAUCUCUGAGUUGGUGGAUGCACAUGUCCCCAGUAACAGUACUGACAGCGUGGCCGAGGAGCCUGUUCGCCGAACGCGCCGUAAUAAAGCCACAGCAGUUACCGCCGCAGACAGUGAGCCGGUCAAACGUAGCACACGCAACAAAGCAGCUGCCAAGGCAAAGGAGCAGGCUGAGAAUGUGGAGGAGAAACCGGAAGCUCCACAGUCACCUGAAAAUGUUUCAGAGGAACAGGAGCCCAAGAGAGAGGGGUCUAGUAGCUCUUCAUCUCCUGUGCUGGUGUCUGAGGUCAUGGUGAAAGUCUCCUCAGCUGAGCGUCUUUCUGCUGAAAAGCUGCUCCAGUGCUCUCCCUCUCCCGGCCGCUCCGCACAGAAGAUCAUCAUCGCAGCUGCAGGUGGCCAGGGAUCGACUCGGAGCUCAGGCCGACAAUCCUUGGUUGUGCGGCGCUCCCUGGCAGGCCUCAGGCAUAGCAUGACUCAGGAAGCAGUGCGCCGUGCUUCUCGACGCUCGUUUCUGAAGAAGAAAGCCAGGCUGGGCAACUCGACAUGUAGCAGCACCGUCAGUGGGGAUGUGGAUAUGGAACCAGAGGACCACGAUGAUGUGGAUGACCAGAUGGAAGAGGCGGUUACCGAGGAAGAGCCCGCAGCAGAAUCUAACACCGAAACGGAGCCGACGCAGCCUGAGGUGAUCAACCAAGAGCCCGAGCCUGCGAAGCCGGUAGAGAUGAACGUUCCAAUAUUGGUGGAGGAAGAGACGAUGGCAUCUCCGAGUGUCCAGGAAAACUACAGAUUCACACGCUCCAUGGCUCGGCCCUCGGUAUCAGAUGACGGUGGGAAAAACGCUCAGGACGAUGUCCGAGCCUCUCGCACGGCUUCCAAACGUGCAGCAGCAGAAGCCGCCGCAGAAGCGAUUUGCACCCCGAAAAAGAAGCACUCUCCUCCUAAAAAGUGCAUGACCGGCAUCACACCCAGCAUGCGCACUUUCCUGCACACGGUGCAGAAGAACCAGCUGCUGAUGAUGACGCCGAACUCUCUCGGUCGCACUUCGGUCAUGAAGUCCUUCAUUAAGCAGAGCGGAAAACUUGACGUCAAGUUGAGCACUGGCUCAGUGGAACGGGAGCGACAGAAAUGGGACGCACUUAACAAGAAGAUCGAACAAGAAAACGAACGAAAGAAAAAGAUGGAGGAGGAGAGAAGGAGGAAACAGGAAGAAAUGAAAAAAAAACGGGACGAGCGUUUGAAACGAGUCGUGGAGGCCCGGGUGAAGGGAGAAAAGGAAAAAGAGCAGGAAAAGAAAAAGAAAAUCGAAGAAAAAAUGGCACAAAUAGAGAAGAAAAACGACAUGCUGCGUGUGGAGCGGCUCGCCGAGGAGAAGGCGAAGAAAAAGGUGGCGACCAAACGUCAAGAGGAACUGGAACUGCGCAGGAAACAGGAGGAAGCAGCACGGAAGAAAAAGCUUCAACAGGCUGAGGAGGAGGAGCGGCGACACCAGGAGCUGCUGGCCAAGCGCAAAGCCGAGGAGGAGCGUGAGAAGGCACGCAAACAAGCCGAGGCUGCUCGUGCACUGGAGCUUAAGAAGGAGCAAGAGAAGGAGAGAGAACGAGAGAGGGAGAGGCAACGUGAGGAGAAGGAGAGAGAGCGACAGGUUGCCGCUGAGAGAGAGCGGCUGGAGCGGGAGAGAGCGGAGAGAGAGAAGGCCAUAGCUCUUCAGAAGGAGCUGGAGAGAGCAGCCAAGGAGAAGGAGAGGAGAGAGCUAGAGGAGAAGAGAAGGAAGGAAGAGGAGAUGAAAAAGGCUGAGGAGGAGAGACUGGCCCAACAGAAACGUGCUGCUGCUGCACCUCCACCCCCUACUACCACUACUGCUGUAAAUCUGCCCAUCAGCAAAGCUCUUAACGCCACCAUUACACACAGUCCUGCACUGAAUGUCACUGUAGAUAUUGAGCAAUCAGUCAUGAAAACUCCUGUGGGAAAAGGUGACGCUCAUAACAAGACAAUCGGGGAUAAGGGAUCGGGGCUGAACGUCACCGUAGAUGUCGAGCAGUCUCCUCAGUCCUACCAGAUUACACCUAAAGGCAAGAAGGUUGCAGUUUUGGUUAAUCCAGACGACUACGGUAUGGACCAGAACAGCGAUGACUCCACAGACGACGAGUCGGCACCCAGGAAACCCAUCCCUUCAUGGGCCGAGGGCAUGCAUCUUCAGCAAGCUAUUAUGAAGCAAUAUUAUGACCCACUGGAUCUGCACUCGUACUUUGGGGAUGUUGAGCAGCCCAAACUGGAGAAGAUCUUUCAAAGGAGCAAACCACGCUUCUUCAAGCGCACGAGCUCUGCCGUCUGGCACUCUCCUCCACGUAUGGGUGCCAUGCCUAACUAGACGGAAACCGGCUCUUAGUCUCGUGUGUCUUUUUUUUUUUUUUUCCCCCUGUCUGUGUUUUUUUUUAAUGUAAGCAUUUUAGAUCUGUGUUUAUAUAAAACAUUUGAAUUCACUUAAAUAAAAUGCUAUAAAGAUGUAUCAGAAGUAGAGUAAUACAAAAACAUACAAGGGUUUUGCAGCCAGACUCUGGGCACGUUCCAGUCCUCCACAGAGUCCUCCUCAGACUCUUAUUUUAACUUGCAGUAUUUAUCAAUACUGUACGUAUUGUUAGAAAUCGUGGCCUUGGUUUGUUCGGCCCGAACGAGCAUUUCCACUGACGGGUUUCAGUAAUCACUAUGUAUGUAUAUAAAUUGAAUGAAUCGGUUUAUUUGAUCAGUUUGUCUCGCUUUUGUUUUCUCCUCCCUUUCUUUUGAUUUUAUUUUCUGAACCUUCCAAUAUAUUUAAACAUAUGCAGGAUUUAAGCUGCACCCAUUUGUCUCCGUGGACUAAGGCGCUAAGUUACAUUAUUUUUAGUAUUGGGUCUGUACCAAAGCAUUUGAAUUUUUGUUGUUGUUGUUUUUAGGUGUAAUAAAAGAAAUGGUUAUAGGAUGCCA